AUGUGGCAUAAUUUGGACAUUGGUUCAAGCUGGCUCAGCACAGCCAACAAUGCAUUCAUUCAUUCACCCACGCCUACUUCUACUUCUGUCCUUGCAUGUGAUCUUGAUGAAUACACCCGCAAGCAAGACGAGCCAAUCGCAGGCCAACACUGGGCGGUGGGCGGCAUAGAAGAGGCGGCGGCGGCGGCGGCGGCGGCGAGAAUGGUGCUUCAUGCGGCAUCAAUUCUCUCAGAUAUUCCGGGGACAUGGCAGAGUGAGGCAAACUUCCCAGACGACGAGGCUUUCACGCGUCUGAGGCUUCUGGACCGCGUACUCACACGCUCCCCGCUCUAUGCGCAAGUUUGGCGACUGGUCCGGGAUGAUCUGGUCGUGCAAACUAAUAUGAAUGUGAAGUGCAAAUAUAUUGAUGCUGCAGCAUUUCAUUGGAAACCAGCAUUGAAGGAAUUCUCCGUUGGGCUCUGCUCCUUAUGCAUGCGCGGAGGAAGGUUUUCGCUCCCGGAGAACGCCAUAUUGCCGCUAUGGCGUUGUCGGAAACUGACCAAGAUCGCCCUUGACAGCUCCAGCCGGUGCCAAAACGCACUCCUCCUCAUCAGGUUGAUGGGAUCACUCGAGCGGCCCUUAGGAUUGAGAACAGGUGGGUCUACUCGUAUAAUUUUCACCUCACCCCUCUGCAGCUACACAGACAUCUUUCAGCGAUAG